AUGGUCGCACAAAUGCUUAGGCGGCUGAUUCCGGUGGUCUUGAUCAUCGGAUGUAGCCGCUGUGCUCAAUUCAAUCGCCGUGCUUUAACCAUGGGUCCAGGUCAUCCAAUCGGAACCUUAGCCGCGAUUCCCUCCAACCAAACCGGAGCUCCAACACCUGCGGCUAAUUUGACCUCACCUUCCACUCAGCCAAUCGUGGCUACACCAGCAGGUUCUACACCUAAUGUGACUCCUAGUAAUACAACUAAUACCAUUAACCCAGCAAAUCCAAAUGCGUGUCAAAAACUACCAAUCACUCCUAAUACUUGGAACCAACUUGGAAUUGAUAACUAUCUUCAAAGUUAUCCUGGAGGAGCUAAUCUUUCUCUUACCGCUUUUGCUAAAGCUAAUGGAGCUGCUAACUUUGGUUGUGGUGAGGGAGAGAACUGUAAUGCGGGACAGUUAUGUCAUCCUGUUCAAUCGCCAGCUUGGCAGGUUUUGUAUGCCGUGCAAGAAUGGAAUCAUAAUACUAACAUGUUGAUGGAUUCAGUAGCAUAUUCUAUGGGAAUGGUACAAUCCACUUCGGCCGCUAUGGUCAAUGAUCUAUUUCCACAAGAGAAGAAUUCAAGAUUUGUCUUGGACUUAACUUGGUUAUACACUACUGUGAUCGGAGCUGCUAGUUUAGGAGCAGCAGUGACUGCUGGUACUGUGAUCGCAGCUGCGGCAGCAAGUGCUAUUACAACCUUAACCCUUACUAGCGCAUUAUCUUUUAUGUUUUUGAAUAUCCCGAUCCUUGUGGCUCAAGGUGCAAUGAUUGCUACAUUCUUUCAAGAUCCAGUUUCUACACCUGGAUUUGCUGAGUGGACUCAAUUAUCAUUUUAUCUUGCAAGAAUGCAAGAUGUCUUUCAAAGGAAUUGUGCAGAAAACACACAAAAAAUGAUUGAUUCUGGAAUCAGUACAGAUUUAGGAAUCUUUGGAGCUAUUAAAAACGGAAAUUUCUUUUUUCCUACUGCUUUACUUGAGAUGAGUAAAAUAGAAGAACAAAUUGGAAAAAUCAUUAAGGCUAGAUUAGUUAAUAAGAUCUUGAGACAACAGGGUGCUUUUGUGACAAUAGGAAGUGAUCCGUGUCACGGCAGUGGACCAAAUGGUUCUCGAGCAGGCAAUGACAGACUUUCAUAUUGCGAUAAAGACGGCGUGAUGUAUAACGUCGUUCGUGCAGAAGGCAAGAAGACGAAAAAUGAUAUCUACAAUGCUAUUAUGAUUCGUGAUAAAUACGGUUUUACUGCUGAAGACAUUACAACUAUCUCAGUUCAAUGUCAAGCCAAAUAUGGAAAUUUUGAACAUGAUCCACUCGUUGACCCUCAAGCUCGUUUAACUGGUAAUAUGGAUUGUGGAUUUAAUUUACCAGUAUGUAACUGUAAAGAUGAAGCUGUUGCUGGUAAACGUAGCAAUGGUAAAACAACUGUUGUUGCUUGUCGUGAAGGACUUGGUUUACCUAUUUAA